UUGGUGGACACUGGACGAGACGCCACAGCUACCACCGUUUUCUUUUGCUGUUUCUCAAGUCUGGGAAGCUCUGAGAGAAGAAGAAGAAGAAGAAGAAGGGUUUGUGAUCAAAUCACCUGCGAGAAAAAGGAGAACCAAACAUGGUGGCGACGAAUCUGAAGGGAGAGACAAUGAAUCUGAUGAAGAAGAGAACCGCUAUGGAAGCUGAGAUGAACGCCAUCAUCGAUCGCCUCUGUCAGCCCGGCGGCCCCGGCCUCUCCGGCAAUCUCCUCGACUCUGAGGGUUUUCCUCGGUCCGAUCUCGACAUCCCAGCCGUGCGAGCAGAAAGGCGUUGUCUUGCUGAGUUGCAAAGUGAUCAUAAGGAGAUCACUGAAAAGAUAAAUGAGAAUAUACAAGUUCUGCAUUCUGCAAGGCUUGCUCUAAGAUCUUUAUCCGUCAAAGAAUCGGGUCUCGAUGAGGGAUCAGAUAAUCAAACAACGGUCACUCUCAACGAUGUUGCAUCAGCAUCCUCAAUCAAUGUUCCCAGGGACUCUUCUGAUACCAAGGAUGUGGACGUGAAAAUCAGCAUACCCUUUGCAAUGGUUGAUGAAAUAGCUGAUGUAUCACCAGCGGCCGAAGAUGGCUUACAACUUGGAGAUCAAAUUGUGAAGUUUGGGAAUGUGGAAGCUGGUGACAAUUUGCUGCAGCGACUUGCUUCUGAAGCUCAGAGUAAUAAUGGCCUUGCAAUUCCUGUUGUACUUAUGAGACAAGGCACUGUUCUUAACAUAACCGUGACACCUAGAACAUGGCAAGGCCGAGGUCUGCUCGGAUGCCAUUUUCGGAUGUUGUGAUAAUACAUAACUGCGAGGCUUUCAAUUUUCCAUAAGCUGGCAGGUGCAUUAUAGUUGGUUUUAGUUCUAUGAAGCUGCAAGACAAUGCUUAACUGCUGAUACUGGAGUUCCAUUUCUUUUCUUCUCUUGCAUCAAAUGUUGGUACGUACUAUAUAAUGUACUCUUUUGGACCCUUGUAAAGAUUUGCAUAAUCAUGGCUAACAUUCGGUACAAUUUUGUCUCCUGAUACGUGCCUCUUUGGGGUACUCGUGGAUUGAAUUGACCUAAUUAAGGGUUUUUUUUGUGUGUGUGUGUGUGCGCAUUGUGUUCUUGUGUUUCCUUUUUAAAGCUGAUUUCAAUUUGUUCUGUUGAAUAUUGGAAAGUACGAUAUUGUGAUCUAAAGUGGGGCCAUUAAUCAACGAGCUAUCAUUGUGAUUUUACCUCAGCAUAACUUUUAUGCAUACGGUAUUAUUGUAUAGUAACUUUUUCUCGCAACAAAAGAGAAGUAAGAAA